AGUAUAGAUUUGGUCGGAGCUCCCCUCCUCCGCCUCGAUCCCUCUACCUCCAUGCGCUCCGACGAUGCCCUAAUCCCCGUCGACCCGCCGGAGUUCCGCCUGAACCAGAACCCUAGGUGGCACCAGGUGUUCGCCUUCUCCAAGGACCGCAUCCAGGCGAACUUCGUGGGCCGCAUCGUCUUCGACCUCACCGAGGUGCCCCUCGCCCCGCAGUAGUACAAGCUCGAGGACAAGAAGGGCGAUAAGGUCUCCUCCGGCGGCGGCGGCGGCGAGCUCAUGCUUGCCGUGUGCAUCGGCACCCAAGCCGACGAGGUCUUCCCCGACUCCCUGGCACUCCGACGCCCACUUCGUCUCCCUCGACGCCCUUGCCGUCGGUUCACCCCGCCGAGCUCGCUCCCUCACCUACCUGCUGCUGCCACUUAUUUCAUCCUUACCUCGAUACGCAACUCUAUGUGAUCAGAUCUACUACUCUUUCUCCUCCGCCAUUGAUAAUUCGAACUUAGACUGUGAUCAACAAAGUGAUAAUACAUCAGCAGACAAAGGACGUAAGUUGUAAUGGACACAGUAAGAGAUGCGUGAUAUUCCUUUUUUUUAGCACUUAGAAUCUCUCAAGUUCAAUGAGAAACAUUGUAAGUGCAGACCCAUUUGGGUUCUUCCCUCCUCUUGGUCUUGAGGCAAUAGCAAGGGCUAUACGCUUGUGUGGGCGAAUCCUAGCCAUUAAUCGAGGCAAAUCGCUUCACUCUUACCUGGUUAAGCUCGGAAUUGGUCUCCAAACUUAUAUUUCAAACAACUUAAUUGCUAUGUACACUGAUUUUGGGUGUUACAAUGAUGCCCGUAAAAAGUUUGAUGAAAUGCCCGAAAGAAAUGUGGUUUCUUGGACUGCUUUGAUCUCGGCUCAUACUCGUUCAGGAAAUCCUUCUAAGGCACUCGCAGUCUUUACCCAGAUGUUGAAAUCUAAUUUGGAGGAGCCAAAUAGGUAUACAUUUUCUGCGGCACUAAAAGCCUGUGCAUUAGCUGGGGAUCUUGAAUUGGGCAGGUGGAUCCAUGAACGUGUUUUGCAAGUGCAGCUGCAGUGCGAUACUGUCUUGAUGAAUGCUAUUCUCGAUAUGUACAUCAAAUGUGGGAGUUUAUGUGAAGCUCGGAGAGUUUUUGAUGGGUUUUUUAUGACUAAUACUGCUUCAUGGAACACAAUUAUUUCUGGGUAUUGUGGAGAAGGUAAUAUGGAUGGUGCAGAAUAUUUAUUCGAUCGAAUUUCCCAACCUGAUGUCGUAUCUUAUAACACUAUGAUCGCUGGGUUUGCACAGAUAGAGAGUCCGAAGGCAUUGGAUUAUGUCUCUACGAUGCAUAGGAAGGGUUUUAUGCUUGAUUCUUUCACUUUUCCUUGUGCAUUGAAGACUUGUGGAAUUUUUGGAUUCGAGAAAAUGGGAAAACAAAUCCAUAGCUACAUUAUUAGAUGUGGGUUGGAGCUGAAUUGCUUUACUGGGUCUUCUUUGAUUGAUAUGUAUGCAAAUUGUGGAAUAAUUAAUGAUGCCAUGAAGUUAUACUAUUGGUAUUUAAGUUGCAAAGAACUAGUUUGUGAGAGAUCGGCUCUAAUGAACUCAAUGCUUUCGGGAUAUGCUGUUAAUAGAUAUGACAAUUUUGCACUUGAUCUGAUAAUGGAGAUCUGGUCUUUUGGUGUCAAGUUUGAUGCAUUUACUCUUUCAAGUACCUUAAAGGUAUGCAUCAACUUGGAAAAUAUAAGACUUGGACAUCAAAUUCAUUCUAUUAUCAUAAAAGAUGGAUUUGAUAUGGAUUAUGUUGUUGGAACUGUCCUUCUUGAUCUUUAUGCUAGAUGCGGAAAUUUAGAAGAUGUAUUCAGGUUGUUCGAUGGGUUAGCUUAUAAGGAUGUAAUUGCAUGGACUGGACUUAUCGCUAGUUGUGUUAAAAAAGGAUCAAACCAUUUAGCAUUUUCUAUAUUUAAACAGAUGAUAGGGGUUGAAGUAGACCAUUAUGUUGUUUCGAACAUUCUUAAAGCUUGUUCUUCUCUAGCAUGGUUUCAAGGUGGUGUACAAAUCCAUGCUUAUACAAUAAAAAAUGGUUUGAACUCUGAGAGCAUUACUAUCUUUUCUUUGAUUGAUAUGUAUUCCAAAUGUGGGCAUAUUGAGGAUGGUCUCAAAAUUUUUGAAUCUGCACCCGAGAAAGAUACUAUUUGUUGGACAGGGAUGAUUGUGGGAUGUGGGUACAAUGGCAAAUCAAAAGAAGCAGUAGAGCUUUUUGAAAAAAUGUUGAAAUAUGGGAUAAGACCCAGUGAGAUCACUUUCCUCGGUGUUCUUUCUGCUUGUAGAAAUGGAGGUUUGGUCGUGGAAGCUUGUGAAAUCUUUAAGAAAAUGGGAAAUGAGUAUGGAUUAAGACCAGCUUUGGAUCAUUACUGUUGUAUGGUUGAUAUUCUUAGUCGAGCUGGAAAAUUACAAGAGGCUAAGAAGUUGAUUUCUGAUAUGCCUUAUGAACCCAAUGAAAAUAUAAGAAACUCUUUGAUUGGUGCUUCUGUGGUAAGUCAGAAUAGUGAUUUUGGGCUUUUUUCAGUAGAUUUUCUUCCAAUUCCUACUCAGGACAAAGGUGGCUACAUCACCAUGUCGAAUGCUUUUGCAAGCAUGGGUUUCUGGGAUGUCUCAUGUAACCUUAGGGAGAUUAUUAGAAAAGAGGGUGCUAAGGAAGCAGGAAGGAGCUGGGUAACAGGUUGAAGUACUAAACAAGCAGUCCGGCUAAGAUAAACGACAAGCCAAAUAGAAGCUGAAAAGCAAGAAUCACUGUUGUCAGCAACCAGGGGGAGCAGGAAUGGCAUAUAGCAGAGCUGCAUUCGUAUUCACCAUUUCCUUUUGGUAUCAUGUCGAAUGGCUUAUCUGAUUCUGAUUUUGCAGCGACAAACUUCAAAAAGGGCAGGACACGACGACUGCUGCAAUCGAUGCAGAAGAGCUGCUGUUUCAGAUGGAGCCGAUGUACUCGCAAGCAAUGUCCGGAGAUUGCGAACAUGGCAGGCAUAAGAGCAUCUGUCACACAGCAAAAUUGUGGGUAGCAAAAUGCUCCUACUCCAAUAGUAUAGUAAUCUUGGAUUUGACAUGUUUAUAGCUGAAUCUAUAGUUGAGAGAUAGAACCAAGUUAUGUAUGUGGUCUAUAUGUUAGGGGCAAUUGUUUAUAUACUCCUGAAAAGUUCUCAACUUUCUUAUUUACCCUUCGUAAAAGGCUAAUAUCAAAAUGCCCUUUAACUUUCUAAAUUAUUUCAGACAUAUUCUUAGAGUUAAAUUCAAUUAGUGAAUUGUUAGAAACAACCGUUAACUCUGUGAAUUACUAUUUUGCCCUUUUAAAUAUACCAUUUUAUUGUCACCAAUUUUUCUUAUUUGCCCCGUAAAUUAGAGGCAAAGGAAGUAUUUUGACUUUUAGUCUUUUCAAAUAUACCCUUCUAUUUUCACUAGUUUUUCUUAUUUAUCCUUAAUUUAGGGGCAAAAAAAGUAUUUUGACUUCUUUUUAACUCUGAUAAAAAUUUAAUCUGUGUGUAAUUCGAGAUGACUUAAUAGGUACUAGGAUUAUUUUUGAAUAACGGAAAAAUAUACGAGGAGUAUUAUUUGAAAUAAAAAAAAAAGUAUGGAUAUAUAAGAUAUUUCAGAAGUUUUGAGGAGUAUAUAGAUAAUCAUCCCUAUAUGGUAAUAUUGGGGAAGGCCGAAAUGAAUGCUGGAUAAAGGCUGUAACAAGAACCUAGGUUGUCUUGAGUCCAGUAGCAGAGCUUCUUGUUGCUUGUUUUGUUUUGCUUUGUUUUGUUUUCAUGCGCCUGCAUUACUUAUUUCUUAGUGGAUUCUUUGUACUCUGCGCAUGUUGUUAUACAGAGGGUUUUAUAUUAAUGUGAAUAAUAAUUAUGAAUUUGAAAACCUUUA